CCUUUCUCACAUGCUUCAAUUGCUAAUUUGACUAAUUUUGGGGGAAAUUAUGCAUCAUCACCUAUGCAGAACUCAGUAGCAGCAACAUCAGUCUCUAUCUUUAUUCUGUCAUUAAAAGCUGUUCAGCCCUAAAUCUUGAUUCGUUUACAUUGCAAAGUCUUCUGGAAAGAAUUUGCAAAGAUAUUAAGGGGAAGAAGGUUUUUCUUGUUCUGGAUGAUGUGUGGACCGAUGACAGUGAAUCUUGGGAAUCAUUUAAUCAAGCUUUCAAACCUGCUGCACCUGGAAGUAGGAUUUUGGUGACUACACGAAAGGAUAUAGUAGUAAAGACCAUGAAAUCCUUUCGUGUCUUUCCCCUUGAGCAAUUGAGUGAAGAUGUAUGUUGGAAAAUACUCAGCCCGGAAGCGUUUGUGGGAAGGGGUGAUGAACAAUGUAAAAAUUUAGAGGACAUCGGAAAAAAUAUUGCAAAAAAAUGUAGUGGAUUGCCAUUGGCUGCAAAAAAUCUCGGAAGCAUGCUGCGUUCCAAGAAAACAAAAGAAGAGUGGACAAACAUCUUGAACAGUGAGAUAUGGAAAUUAAAUUUGGAAGCUGUUUUUGCUCCUUUGUUGUUGAGUUAUUUUGAUUUACCCUCAGCUGUAAGACGGUGCUUUUUGUAUUGCUCUACCUUCCCUAAAGGUGUUGUGAUCGAAAGAGAUGUCCUGAUUUAUCAGUGGAUGGCACAAGGUUAUAUAAAUUCUAGUCAGAAUCCUGAGAUGGAAAUUACUGGGGUUGAGUACUUUGAGUGCCUGGCGGCACGGUCUUUCUUUCAAGAUCUUGAAACACAUAAAGAUGGUAGCAUAAGGGCAUGUAAGAUUCAUGACAUAGUACUUGACUUUGCUGGUUUCCUUAUGGGAAAUGAAUUUGUGGUGAAAGAUGUUCAUCCUAAUGAUGAUAAUAUAAGAAUAGAGCUUUCUUCAGAGAAAACUCGCCAUCUGUCGGUAGUACUGGCAGAAAAUUCAUGCUUUCCUACUUCACUCGUUGGUGCAGAAAAGUUGCGGAGCUUAUCAAUCUUCAAGAGUCAUCAUGCAGAAGAAGAUGAAACCGGUAACUUAUUUAUUCAACCAAAACAUCUGCGUUCCUUGAUUUUCUGUGGUGGUAAUAUUAAUGGAUUUCCUGAAGAAGUAGGCAAAUUGAUGCAUCUGAAACUGCUUGAUUUGUCUUGUAGUAAGUUAAAAAGAUUGCCUGAAGCAAUAUGCCGAUUAUUUAAUUUGCAAUCUUUGAUUCUACGAGAAUGUUCUUUGGAGAGACUGCCGGAUGAGAUAGAGAAAUUGCUCAACUUAUGGUAUCUUGACACAACUGGUUGUGAUUUUACUUACUAUCCCAAAGGAAUUGGGAGAUUAACUUCACUUAGAGAGUUGGUGGGAAUUGUGGUUCGCUGUGAUCACAAUGAUGAUAAAAAAUUUAGCUUGGGGGAUUUGGAAAACUUGUGCCACCUUCGUUUUCUGGCAUUGAAAGUUGAAGAUGGUCAGAUUGAUAUUGAUGCUAAUGAAGCCAGACGUGCGAAUCUGGAAGGAAAGAUAAAUCUCAAGGAUUUAAAGUUAUAUGGUCCGUGGAUGCAGGAAAUGGAAGUGGAUAAUGUUAUCAAAGUGUUAAAUCCACCUUCGCACACAAACGUGACAUUUCCUCAGUAUGAAAAUUUUCAAAGAUACAAGGCACAUCUUCUCAGGACAGCAUUUCCCCGCCUACAGCAUGUCUCCAUAAGGACCAUAAGGGCACUUUUUGGGCAGGGGACUUCUGGUGGUGAAGCUGAAGCCGUUAAAAAUACUCCGUGUGUGUGAUGUUCCUCUUUUUCUUUUUCUUUUUCUUUCUUUUUUUUUUUUUUAACAAACAAGUCUUGUGUUUUACAGCUGUUGAUCAGAUUAUUACCCUUAUUGUAUGUAUUCUCCCUCUUUCUUUGGUGGAUCAGUGAACAAUUCAGAACUAAUAAUCUUGUCAUGGAUACUUUAUGAUCAAAUUCCUAUAGUUUCUUUCUUUGGAAAACCUUUUGUUGAUAAAUAAAACAUAAAUGACAUC